AUGUUCCCGACAGGGUAUGUGACCACUAUCCUGGAGGAUGCCAAGAUCUACUCGAGCCAUGCCAAGAAGUCGAGCGUGGAUGCGGACGACGUGCGCUUGGCGAUCCAGUGCCGCACGGACCAGUCCUUUACCUCCCCCCCACCCAGAGAUUUCCUCUUGGACAUUGCCAGGCAGAAGAACCAGACGCCACUGCCCCUGAUCAAGCCUUACUCCGGCCCGCGGCUCCCACCCGACAGGUACUGCCUCACCGCCCCCAACUACAGGCUCAAGUCCCUGCAGAAGAAGGUUUCCUCCACAGCAGGGAGAAUCACAGUCCCUCGUCUGAGCGUGGGUGCAGUGAGCAGCAGGCCCAGCACUCCCACCCUGGGGACACCCUCAGCCCAGGCCGUGUCAGUGUCAGCCAAGGUGGGAGCCCCAGUGUCCCUGGCAGGGCAGCGUUUCACCGUGCAGAUCCCAUCCUCACAGCCUGCUGGAAAGUCAGCCACCCCAACAACCCCCACAGUGCAGAAUGUGCUGAUCAAUCCCUCCCUCAUUGGGCCCAAGAACAUCCUCAUCACCACCAACAUGGUGUCCUCACAGAGCACAGCCAACGACUCCAACCCCCUCAAGAGGAAACACGAGGACGACGACGACUACGACAACUUGUGA